AGUGCUACAAACCACAGACCUCACAGUUUACUCAACAACACUCAUUAAUUGAAUUGUGGCAUGCCUGGGGCUGUACGAUAUUAUAUCCUAUAGCCCCAGGCAUGCCUGUGAUGACAUUGAUGAUGCAAAUUUAGGCAAAUUCGGUUCCACGCUUACUACAGUAACGUUACAGCAGUUCAACACUCUACUCUUAUCUACUCUUGCUAUACUGUAAUUACAUGCACUGGCAACACAAUCACAGGAAAAGUGCAAGAAGAAGUGAAAAGAUGCCACCAGGAGCAACAAAUUCGAUUGGUAAAGUAUCAAGUGCAAUGUCCAUUGAAACUGACGAUAUCCGGCUGAGUGAUGCUGACAGAUCACUGUAUGAGAAGGUCUUCUCUUCCAUUCUUGUACCAUACGCUGCAAUUAAUAACAGUCGGAGAAGAGAUCGGAAAAGGUGCAUUUGGAAAAGUGUUUCAUGGUGAACUGAAGCGAUCUGCUGAUAAGCAGAUUGAACAUAUAGCUAUCAAAACGAUAAAGAACCUACACUCAAUUAAUGAAGUGGAAGAAUUUUUAGAUGAGAGCUUGCUAAUGAUGGAAUUCAGUCAUUCCAACAUUCUUGGACUAACUGGAGUGUGCUUUGACACUCCUGAUGGAGUACCCUACAUUAUCCUUCCAUUUAUGGACAAUGGAAGUUUGAAGGACUUUCUGAAAAAGAAAAGAACACACGUCACCAAUGUAGACAUUCUACCUGAGGAUCUAGAUUUUUCCAACUUGGUGAGCAUGUGUAUGAACGUAGCCAAUGGAAUGGAGUACCUAGCGGAAGAAAAAUUUGUCAGAGAUUUGGCAGCAAGGAACUGCAUGGUUGACUAUAAUCUUGUGGUGAAGGUUGGUGAUUUUGGCUUGGCUAGAAACAUCUACAGUAGUGACUACUACAGAGCCAAUGAGGGAGCCAAGAUCCCAGUCAAGUGGAUGGCUCCAGAGACACUCCAUGAUGCCAUUAGCAAUGAGAAAACGGAUGUGUGGUCGUUUGGUGUGACUUGUUGGGAGGUGUUCUCUUUGGGACGAGGCCCGUAUCCCGGGAUACAGAACCAGGACAUGCUCAAACACACUGACAACAAAAGAAUGGACAGACCACCACUAUGUCCCAAGAUGCUAUAUAAUCUCCUGAUGACUCGGUGUUGGAGUUUGUUGCCUGAGGAGAGACCAUCGUUCAGUCAACUGGUGGAACAGCUGCAAGAAUACUGGGAGGAGGAACAUGCCUAUGUUAUUGAGAACAGUUAUUAAUAUAUAGAGUGCUAAUUUUAAGACAC